AUGAUUCCAAUUAUUCUUCUUACACUUGGACAAAUUCGAAAUAUGAAACGAGAAAAUAAUGAAUUUGCUAUAUGUCUUUUACUUCUUGUUCAUUCAGGAUGUGUUAUUUUUUCUAUGAUUACAACAGCUUUAUUUUGUCGUAUUACUGAUGGUCUUUUAACAACAUUAACAAUUAUACUUCUAUCGACAUAUACUGGUAUACAUUUUUAUAUUCGUUUUUUGCUUAAUCAUCAUGCAAAAGAUGAUUUUACUGUUAUGACUCUUCGAUUAGGUUUUGUACUUGUUAUGUUGGUUAUAUUAAUACCAUGGACAGGUAUUAUAAUACAUUCAUAUCGAAUGAAUACUAAAAUAGAAACUAAUUAUUCUCGAGCAGCAAUAUUUUCUUGGUUUCUAAACCUCGAUUCAAUGUUAACUAUUUCUUUAUUAAUAUUGAAUGUUCGUAGUCAAGCAGAUUUUGGUCGAUAUCAAAUACUUAUAUUAUUCAUUGGAAUUCCACUUAUUUUUUUAUGGUUUUUAAUAGGAAAAAUUUUGACUGAUAACAAAUCUCGUCAUUGGAUUGUAUGGACUAUUUUUUAUAUAUUAGCAAUAAUACAAAUUACUCAUUUAGUAUAUAUCACUUAUUGGGCUAAAUAUGAAUAUAGUUUAUUAUCAAAAACAAAUACAACAAGUUUGAUGCCAUUACUUAUUAUAACAUUUAUAUGUGGUGUUAAAAUUAAAAAAGAAAUGGAGUAUCUAAAUCUUCAAACAGUAAAAGAUUUCUGGCAAAAAUGGCGUUCAUCUCGUGUACUUAUUUUAUUUAUCGUAUUUGUCGCUUUAUUUCUUGACAAUAUGCUUUUAACGACCGUUGUUCCUAUUAUUCCUGAUUAUCUUUAUCAUUUGCAACAACCAAAAAUCUUCAAUAAUGAUACUUUUAAAUUUUUAGCAAAAAAUUGCUCAAAUAGUGAAAUAAUACGACAACGAAAUUAUUUUGUUCGAAAUCCUGCUAAGUUUCGUCUAUUGCUUCGAACAUAUUGUAAUUGGACUCUUGAUUGGGCAAUAAAUAGAACUGAAAUUGAAAAUAAACAACGAACAAUUAUUUUAGAAGAAGAAAAUAAAUGGGUUGGUAUAAUGUUUGCAUCAAAAGCUUUUGUUCAAUUAUUAACAAAUCCAUUUGUUGGUCCAUUAACAAAUCGUGUUGGUUAUAGCAUUCCAAUGUUUUCGGGUUUUACUAUUAUGUUUAUAUCGACUCUCAUAUUUGCUUUUAGUAAAAGUUUUGGCCUUCUAUUCAUUGCUCGAGCUAUACAAGGUAUUGGAUCAUCUUGUUCAAGUGUAUCAGGUCUCGGUAUGUUGGCUGAUCGAUAUCCAGAAGAUGAAGAACGAGGAAAAGCCAUGGGUACUGCUUUAGGUGGAUUAGCACUUGGUGUGCUAAUUGGACCACCAUUUGGAGGAUUUAUGUAUGAAUAUGUAGGUAAAGCAUCACCAUUUUUAGUAUUAGCUACAUUAGGUUUAUUUGACGGAUUAUUACAAUUAACGGUAUUAAAACCUGGCGUAUCUGGCGAACCAAUUGAAGGUGCUUCAUUAAAAACACUUAUUAAAGAUCCAUAUAUUCUAUUGGCUGCUGGUGCAAUCUCAGUUGGUAAUGUUGGUAUUGCCAUGAUGGAACCUUCACUACCAAUAUGGAUGAUGUCAACAAUGAGAGCAUCAGAAUUCGAACAAGGGGCUGCAUUUUUACCUGCAUCAAUUUCAUAUUUAAUCGGUACAAAUCUUUUUGGACCAAUGGCUCACAGAAUGGGCCGGCAAGAUUAA